UUCCUCCGCCAGACGCCCGCAUCUACUCUCGUCAACCGCAGGUCCUGCUGCUGUUUUCUGCUGCCGCCCACCUCUUGUGCCGCUGCCAGCCUCGAGCCCCUCCAUCUGCGACUCCUCCGGGCUUUGCCCAGGCGUAUAUACAUAAAGAGACGCCGCCACGUCUCUCGGCCUUUAAUCACGCGAGCUUCUUCGUUUGGCAGCUCUGCUCCUCCCAUCAUUGCUGGUUCAGCCUCGCGACAGCACCUCUCGCUCUCCUCCCUCCAAUAUCAUGUCGGCACCUCGGACUCGACGGCGGGCCGCCCAGGAAAAGCUUGAGCACGGCUCUGACGACGACCGGGCGGCGGUUGUCGUGGACGGCAACGGCUCAGCUCGCGAUGCGCCGGAAGCUUCGGACUCUGACCCGGACGAGAACAUUUUCUUGUUCUGGCCCAACAUCAUAGGAUACUGCCGAAUCGUCCUCGCCAUUGCGUCCCUGUACUACAUGCCGCUGCACCCUCGCACGUGCUCCCUGCUCUACAGCAUCUCGUGCUUGCUCGACGCCCUCGACGGAUAUGCCGCCAGGGCCUUUAACCAGUCGACCCGGUUCGGCGCCGUCCUGGACAUGGUCACCGACCGCUGCACCACCUCGUGCUUGCUCGUCUUUCUGUCUUCGGCUUUUCCCCGAUGGGCCAUCAUCUUCCAGGGCCUGAUUGCGCUCGACUUCUCCAGCCACUACAUGCACAUGUAUGCCACCCUGGUGGUUGGCGGCACCGACUCGAGCCACAAGAACAUUGACAAGAGCCAGAGCUGGCUGCUGAACUUGUACUACACCAACAAGACCGUACUCUUCAUCUUCUGCCUCUUCAACGAAGUCUUCUUCAUUGCGCUCUAUCUCCUGUCCUUCUCGUCGCCCCUCCUCUCGCCUCACCUCAUCAAGAGCGUGGAGGAGACCAGCGGUGGCCUGAUCCAGCCUGGCGUCCCGGUCAACACGUCUCUGCUCCGACAGCUGUUCCCCGAUCCCUUCAGCGCCGCCGCCCUCGAAUUUGCCCGAGCGAACAAGAUGGACUCCACCGUGCCCUGGGUCAUUACCGGUAUCAGCUUCCCCAUCAUGCUGGCCAAGCAAAUUAUCAAUGUGGUGCAGCUGGUCAAGGCGAGCAAGUGGCUUGCUGAGGUUGACAUCAAGACACGCAAGGCCAAGGGACUCAACAAGAAGGCUCGAGCGGCUUGA